CAGUUAAAUUGUCUAUUUAUUGAGUAACAAUUUUUACGUGAAAUUCCUCUAUAUUUGUUAAAUGAGCAAUUCCUUUCGUAAUUAUUGUUCUUAAAAUUAUUAUCUUAGAUUUUUAAGACUUAAUGUAUUUAAUUUAUUUUUAAGCAUUGUCGUACUUGAUUUAUUAAUUUAAUUUUUAAGGCAUAACAAAUAUGGCUAAAACAGGUUAUAGAGAUUAUGAAAGCGACAAAGCUAAAUUCAUUGACUUUCUACAAAAUUAUCAAGCUUUAGAUAAAGACAAUCAAAAAUAUGCCAAAUAUGCAGUACAAUUGACUAAACUUGCUCAUCGAGAACAAGUACCUUUGUUCAUAGAGUUAGAUGAUCUAGAUCAUUUUGAUUCUUCAUUGGCUGAAGCUGUAGCUGCUAAUUCUCGUAGAUAUUCUACUAUGGUUGGUGAUAUUGUGCAAGAAUUGUUGCCAUCAUACAAAGAUCAUGAACCAGAAAACAAGGACGCACUAGAUGUUUAUAUAGAGCAUAGAAUUUUGGCUCAGCAAAGACAGAGAAUGAGACAACCUGAUGAAAAUUCUACUACAACAAGCAGAUAUCCUCCUGAAUUAAUGCGUAGAUUCGAAAUAUAUUUCAAAGAUCUAAGCACUAAGAAGGAACAACCUAUUCGGGAUAUAAAAGCUAGUAGUAUUGGUAAAUUGAUAUCAGUACGGGGUAUUGUAAUGAGAAGCACAGAAGUAAAACCUAUGAUAGUUGUUGCUACCUAUUCUUGCGAUUUAUGUGGAGGAGAAACAUACCAACCAAUAAAUUCACUAUCAUUCAAACCCUUAGAAUUUUGUCCUAGCCCUGAAUGUUCUACAACAAAACCAGGUAGUCGUUUAUACUUACAAACUAGAGGAUCCAAAUUUAUAAAGUUUCAAGAAUUUAAAAUACAAGAACUGAGUGAUCAAGUACCAGUUGGUCAUAUACCUAGAUCAUUAACUGUUAUUUGCCGAGGUGAAACAACACGUAAAGCAGUUCCUGGUGAUCAUGUUUCAAUAACUGGUAUAUUUCUACCACUUGUAAGAACUGGCUUUAGACAAAUUCAACAAGGACUUCUCUCAGAUACUUAUCUCGAAGCACAUAAUAUUGAAUGUUUAAACAAAUUAAAUGAUGAGAAAUUAGGAGAAGGAGAGUUGACUGAAGAAGAAGUGUUAGAAUUAGCAGGAGAAGAUUUUUACACUAAAUUAGCUGCAAGUUUAGCACCAGAAAUAUAUGGGCAUGAAGAUGUUAAAAAAGCUCUGCUUUUACUUUUGGUAGGCGGUGUUGAUAGAGCUCCUGAAGGAAUGAAAAUUAGAGGUAGUAUUAACAUUUGCUUAAUGGGAGAUCCUGGAGUUGCUAAAUCACAAUUAUUGUCAUAUAUUGAACGUCUUGCAAGGCGAAGCCAAUAUACCACUGGUCGAGGUUCUUCUGGUGUUGGUCUUACAGCUGCAGUUAUGAGAGAUCCAUUAACCAAUGAGAUGGUCUUAGAAGGUGGCGCUUUAGUAUUAGCUGAUCAAGGUGUUUGUUGUAUUGACGAGUUUGAUAAAAUGGCUGAAUCUGAUCGUACAGCAAUUCAUGAAGUGAUGGAACAGCAAACUAUUUCUAUUGCUAAAGCAGGAAUUAUGACUCGUUUGAAUGCACGCGUAAGUAUUUUAGCAGCAGCAAAUCCAGCAUAUGGAAGAUAUGAUCCUAAACGUUCUAUUGAGGCAAAUAUUCAACUUCCAGCUGCACUCCUUUCUCGUUUUGACUUAUUGUGGUUAAUACAGGACAAACCAAAUCGAGAAAAUGAUCUUAAGCUAGCUCAACAUAUAACUUAUGUUCACAAGCACAGUCGUCAACCACCAACUGAAGUACAAGCAUUAGAUAUGAGUCUUAUGCGUCGUUAUAUUGAUUUGUGUAAAAAGAAAUCUCCAACUGUACCAAUAGAACUAACUGAUUUCCUUGUAGAAUCUUAUGUUGACUUACGUAAAGAUUCACGUAACAAUGGGGACACCACAUUCACUUCUGCAAGAAAUCUUUUAGCUAUUCUUAGAAUAUCAACAGCAUUAGCAAAACUUAGACUUUCAGAUUUAGUAGAAAAAGAAGAUGUUGUAGAAGCUAUGAGAUUAUUAGAAAUGUCUAAAAUAUCCUUAAUGCAGGUUGAUGAAAGAACUGGCAGACCUCAAACAGUAGUCGACCGUGUUUUCAAUGUGAUUAGAGAAUUGGCUGGAGGCCGCACUGUUGUGAAAAUGAGUGAUAUUAAGGAUUACUGCACAAGUAAAGGGUUUAAUGUUUCUCAAGUUGAUGAUUGUAUUGAAGAAUAUGAAAUGUUAAAUGUAUGGCAAGUGAACCAAGCAAAAACUACUAUUACUUUUAUGUAAUUUUUUUUUUUAUAUUUUUGUUUAUUAAAUUAAGACAUUUAUAUGAAAAAUUAAUUU